AUGCAUCACAGCACUUUGCAUCACACCGUCCGUCACAGUCACAGACAACCCUUGGAGACUACCAUCACCCAUUCACCCAUUCACCCAUCACCCAUAAUUAAAGGCAACCCCAGUACUCCGUCCACCAGGGGUACAGCCAAGCCCAGCGGUAAAAGAGAGACAGGGACAGCAGAGACCCUUGGAGCCACGUCAUGCACAUCUCCUGGUCAAUCCCGCCGUCCCGGAGCAUCGCAAAACGAGUCCAUCGACGCCGGUGAACCAAACACAUAUCCCACAACUUUGCGACAGAACUCUUCUCUUCCCAAAACCCAUGAGGGCCUGUGGUCCACGGUGUCCAUCGUCAACACAACCCGGUCUCACAUUUCCAAGACCUUAGACCCAAGACCCAAGACUCGAGAGCCCAAAUACCCAAAUGACUAG